UUUGGUUAAAUAUUUUACAAUAAUAUUACCCGUUAUGUUUGCCCCAAAACUACCGUAAUACUUCGUUAGCUGCUUUCUCUGCUUCUAAUUAACCUUCUUUUAAAAAAUGAGUUCGUUUCCUGAGUUACAAAACGAUCUAAUUAUUCGAGCUGCUCUGGGAAAGCCGGUGGACCGCGUCCCGGUGUGGAUUAUGCGGCAGGCUGGUCGGUACCUUCCCGAAUUCCGUCAACUCCGUUCGCAGUACGAUUUCUUCACUAUUUGCCGCACACCUGAACUGGCUUGCCAAGUCACCUUGCAACCUAUUGAGCGCUUUAAUCUGGAUGCAGCCAUUAUAUUUUCGGAUAUUUUGGUCAUUCCUCAGGCCCUGGGCAUGGAAGUGCAGAUGCUCAGUGAAAAGGGACCACACUUCCCGCGGCCGUUAAAUGUUCCGGAGGAUGUGAAACGGUUGAAUGCGGAUGUCAAUGUGAACGAGAGCCUGCAGUACGUUAUGCAAGCCCUAACCUUGACACGACAGCGGCUUAAUGGACGGGUGCCGUUAAUUGGUUUUUCUGGUGCACCCUGGACACUGAUGAGCUACAUGAUUGAAGGCGGCGGAAGUCAGACGCAAUCAAAAGCCAAAAGAUGGCUAUAUGCUUUUCCGGAACCAUCCACGCAGUUAUUGUCCUUGAUAGCCCGAACCGUUUCCGCUUAUCUUAUUGAACAGGUUGUGGCAGGUGCACAAAUGCUACAGAUAUUUGAAUCGCAUGGUGGAUACCUAACAAAAGAACUGUUUAUACGUUUCGCACUUCCCUAUCUACAAGAAAUUCAUGAUGCUGUCCAAGCUGGCUUGAAAGACCGCGGCUGUUACGACAUUCCCUUGGUUAUUUUCGCUAAAGACUGCCACCAUGUUAUCGGCGAGGUUAGCGCACUUGGCUAUGAUGUUGUUGGAUUAGAUUGGACUAUGGAUGCGGUAAAGACCAGACAACUGGUCGCUGAUAACGUCACGCUACAGGGUAAUCUUGAUCCCUGCGCCUUGUACAGCCCACCGGAAGACCUGAAGCAAAUGGCUCGAGACAUGGUUGACAGAUUUGGUAAACAGCGGUAUAUUGCUAACCUGGGUCACGGUAUUUACCCCGAUGUCGAUCCUGAGAGAGUAAAAUGUUUUGUUGACGCAAUUCAUGAGUACUCUUCUUCCAAUGCCGACAAGUAAAUGUUCAUUAUGAUUAUGUGCUGCGAAAAUGAAAUCGAAAAAUACAGUCAUCUGCAAAUAAUGUGAAAAACAUAACCGCAAAACUGUGUCUUGAUUCUGCCGUCCAGAUUAAGCGUUGAUAUCGAUAUCCACGAUGUACUCUGUACAUGUGGAAGUGCAUUUUUUUUUGCUGUAUUGUUAAACUUUUUGUUCGCAACACGCUAUGCUCGAAAGAUUACAGCGUGCUCUAUAAGGGACGAAGGGAAUAAUUAAGAAAUUAUCCAUCUGUCGGUUAGUGGUGUAGCUGUUGUUGAAGGAAAUCACAGCUAUGAGUUAUGCUAAUACGGUUCAGAUAUGUGUAUAAUAAAGAAAUUAAUUA